AUGAAGUCACAAGUCCAUCCGGAAGGGAGCUCGCAAGCAGACCCGCCGAUGAGCAGCGACAACACGGAGGGACAGGGCUCCCAGCCCACGGAGUCGUCGCAGGCGCGCCGGCGCGUGGUGGUGCAGGACCCGGCGCCCGACAAUGACAGCUCGCCGCGCCGGCUGCGGCCGGAGCCGACCAAGGACCGCUUCAGCGUGUCCUCUGCUCCGUUCACGAAGGAGUCCGGCGUCCAGCGCGACAACUUCGAGCUCGCGCCGACGAUAUCCAAGGCCAAGCAGGCCCUCGACGAGGUGCCCUCGCGGCCGCCCGCGACCUUCUCGCUCGCGGACUACCACCGCAUGGGCCUCGGGGCCGCGGACGAGGGGGACCUCAAGCGGCAGGAGCUCGAGGGGGAGCCGGAGGAGUACAUCAACAUGUGCUCCGCGCUCCCGCGGCAGAGCGUCUACUACUUCUCGCUCAAGCACCCCGUCCGGAAGUGGGCGAUCCGCACGAUGUACUCCAAGUGGUUCUCCAACGCCGUGCUCCUCCUCAUCCUCACGAACUCGAUCUUCCUCGCCAUGACGUCCCAGGAGCCCGACUUCGAGCGGACGGACGUCGGCAAGGUGGUGAACAUUGCCGAGUACAUCUUCACGUCCGGGUUCGCGGUGGAGAUGGUGAUCAAGAUCAUCGCGAUGUCGUUCGUGGUCGAGGAGGGCUCGUACCUGCGCGACGCGUGGAACGUGAUCGACUUCGUCGUCGUCGUCCUGGGGAUGCUCGCGUUCGUGCCCUCGUUUGGCAACUACACGGCCAUCCGCGUGGUCCGCGUGUUCCGGCCGCUCCGGACGAUCACGACGGUCCCGGGCAUGCGCGUCCUCGUGCAGACGCUCAUCAAGUCGCUCCCCAUGCUCCUCGACGUCGGCAUCCUCUGCGCCUUCGUCUUCGCCAUCCUGGGCAUCGUGGGGAUCCAGACGUUCGUGGGGACGUUCCGGAUGCGGUGCACGGAGCCGUCGUUCGACCCGCAGACCGGGGGCGUGGUGUACUCGGUGCCGGACUCGCUCGAGGAGGUGUGCACGGGCCGGCUGGCGUCGGGCACGACGUGGGACACCUCCGGGGGCGCGCUGACGCUGCGCACGUCCGUGGGGGCGAAGGGCACGGGGAACGUGUGCCGCGGCCCGGACGACGAGUUCCCCGACGGGCUGUACUGCAGCAACAUCGAGGAGAACCCGAACUUCGGGCUCACGUCGUUCGACAACAUCGCGGCGGCGUGGCUGACCAUCUUCCAGUGCAUCACCAUGGAGGGCUGGACGGACGUGAUGUACAUCGCGCAGGACGCGGUGUCGGGGUGGGUGUGGGUGUACUUCGUCUUCAUGAUCCUGUUCGGGUCGUUCUUCAUGGUCAACCUGGCGCUGGCGGUGCUCUACAUGUACUUCACCAAGGAGUCGGACGACGUGCCGGCGGAGGAGGAGGAUGAGGGGGAGAAGGAGCCCGAGCCCGAGCAGGCGGACGAGCCCCCGGACGCGAUGAUCGCGGAGGUCGGCGCGCGUGGCCCGCCGUGGUGGGCGGCGACGCGCGUCUUCUGCCUCAAGGUGUCGUACUGGAAGUACUUCGACGUGACGACGAACGCGCUCAUCAUCCUCAACACGCUCGUGAUGGCCGCCGAGCACUACCGCAUGCCCGACUGGCAGGCCGAGGGGUCGGACUACGUCAACUACAUCCUGACGGGGUACUUCUUCCUCGAGAUGUCGAUCAAGCUGACGGGCCUGGGCGUGAAGCGGUACUUCCGCGUCAAGAUGAACGCGUUCGACGCGUUCGUCGUCGUCAUGUCGAUCCUCGAGAUCAUCAUCUCGCUCUCCGCGGGCUCGGAGGGCAGCAACCUCUCGGUGCUGCGCGCCUUCCGCAUCAUGCGCAUGUUCAAGCUCGCGCGGUCCUGGCGCGACCUCCAGAAGCUCAUCGAGACCAUGAGCCGCUCCGUCACCUCGGUGUCGUACCUCAGCCUCAUCCUGUCCAUCUGCAUCUUCAUCUUUGCGCUGCUGGGGAUGCAGAUCUUCGGGUACAAGUUCACGGACUGCGAGGCCGACGGCGCGCUCCCGCGGUGCCCGCUCGGGAUGACGACGGGCGGGAACUUCGCGGAGAACUGCCCGCGGCACCGCUUCUGCUACGUGGAGUGCGCGGCGGAGCAGGUGGGGACCUUCGUCGACGCGCCCGGGUCGGCGUACAACGGGCGCGCGUACUGCGAGGCGUUCACGGACGGCGUGAGCACGGAGUACCUCGCGCAGACGGGCGACGCGGAGGUCGCGCGGCACAACUUCGACAACAUCUACUGGUCGGUGCUGACGAUCUUCCAGAUCCUGACGGGCGAGAACUGGAACGAGGUCAUGUACGACGGGAUGCGCAAGGUCGGGUGGUACGCCGCGUUCUACUUCGUGCUCCUCGUCGUCGUCGGCAACUACAUCAUCCUCAACCUCUUCCUGGCCAUCCUGCUGGACAACUUCUCCGGGUACGCCGAGGAGCAGGAGGAGGACGAGCAGGCGGCGCUGCGCAAGGGGCUCGAGGGGGGCAGCGGGAAGCGGCGGGCGAGCACGUCGACCGCGGACGCCAAGUCGAGCGCGCUGCAGGCCCCGAGGGCGGAGAAGCAGCGCAGGGCGUCGUCGGGGGCGUCCUCGGCGACCACGGGGGCCGCGGCGUCGAUGCACGGCGCGCGGGAGAGCCUGAACGGCGGGAACGCGCGCGCGCGGCAGGGCGAGAGGUCGGCGGCGGGGAGCGUGGCCGGCGAUGGCGGGUCGCCGUCGCCGGGCCCCGCGCCGCUCUCCAAGCAGAUCACCAAGAAACCGUCCAUCCUCGACGGGCUCGCGAACCCGGCGAUGGUUCGCGCCUCGUCGAUUCGCGUGGGGGAGCUGGGGCGCAACGCGUCGCACAAGGGGUCCUUCUUCUCGGGCACGAAGAAGGGCCGCGGGGAGUCGGAGGUGCCUCCGGAGUCGAAGGCCAACGGCGGCCGCGCGGCGGGCGAGCCCGCGGACCCCGACGCGGUGCUCUCGAUGAGCGGCGGCCGCGGGCGGCAGCCGGACCUCAAGGCGCCGUCCGCGGCGGAGGCGGGCGCCGCCCCGGCGUCCGGCGAGCCCAUCUCGGACGAGGACCAGGUGGCGAUGGCGUUCAAGCACUCGGCGCUGUGGAUCUUCCCGGGCACGUCGCGCAUCCGGCAGGCCAUGGCCGCGCUGGUCAAGGACAAGCGCUUCGAGUACACCAUCAUCGUGCUGAUCGUGAUGUCGUCGCUGCUGCUCGCGAUCGACGAGCCCGGGCUGGACCCGAAGAGCGACUUCAAGAAGGCGCUGGACACGCUCGACCUGAUCUUCGUCAUCCUGUUUGCCAUCGAGGCGGCCAUCAAGACGGUGGUCCUCGGGUUCGCGCUGCACCCGUGCGCGUACCUGCGCUCGCCGUUCAACGUCCUCGACUUCUUCAUCGUCGUCGUCGGCAUCCUGCUGCUCUUCCUCGACGAGUCGGGCGGGCUCUCCAGUCUGCGCGCGCUGCGCACGGUGCGCGCGCUGCGGCCCAUCCGCAUGGCCUCGCGCGCCGAGGGCAUGAAGGUCGUCGUCGGCGCGCUCUUCGGGUGCAUCCCCGCGAUGGGCAACGUCCUCCUCGUGUGCCUGCUGUUCUUCCUCAUCUUCGGCAUCAUGGGGGUGAACUUCUUCAAGGGGGCGUUCUUCCGGUGCAUCGACGUGGCGACGGGCGACAAGCUCGAGAGCCACGUCGUGCGGCCGUUCGGCGUGAAGAUCGACCGGGCGUGGUGCGAGUCGCCGCAGCCGGUCAACAUCACGACGUCGUGGUACCACGACCAGCUCGGGCUGCCGUUCGAGCCGUACACGAUCGAGACGUUCUGGACGGAGCCGCCGCAGAACUUCAACAACAUCGGCUCGGCGAUCCUCACCCUCUUCGAGAUCGCCAGCCUCGAGCUGUGGCUGGACGUGAUGUACAACGGCAUCGACUCGCGCGGCGAGGACAAGGCGAUCCAGCGCGACGCGUCGCCGUGGUACGCGCUGUUCUUCAUCUUCUUCGUGGUCGUCGGCGCGUUCUUCAUCCUCAACCUGUUCGUCGGUGUCACCAUUGACAAGUUCAACGAGAUGAAGAAGAAGGCCGCGGGCAAGUCGGUGUUCCUGACGGAGGAGCAGAGCAAGUGGCUGACGGUGCAGAAGCUGCUCGCGCUGAUCAAGCCGCAGCGCAAGCAGCAGCGCCCGAAGAGCAACUACCUGCGGCAGGUGUCGUUCGACAUCGUCACGCACGACCGGUUCGACCCGGCCAUCAUCCUGGUCAUCCUGCUCAACGUGCUCUUCAUGGCGACCGAGCACUACAAGAUGGCCGACCCGUGGGAGACGACGCUCAACGUGCUCAACAUCACCUUCACCGCCAUCUACGUCGUCGAGGCCGCGCUCAAGAUCAUGGCCUUCUACCCGAAGAAGUACUUCUCGGACUCGUGGAACCUGUUCGACUUCAUCGUCGCGCUGCUCUCCGUCGUCGGCAUCAUCGUCGACAACGCCGCCGAGCAGGACAUCCCCGUGGUGUCCCUCCUGCGCGUCUUCCGCGUCGCCCGCAUCCUGCGCCUCAUCCCCAAGGCGCGCGGGCUGCGCAUGCUCUUCCGGACGCUCAUGUACUCGCUCCCCGCGCUCUGGAACGUCGGCUCCGUCGUGUUCCUGUUCUUCUUCAUCUUUGCCAUCAUGGGCAUGCAGCUCUUCGGGCUCAUCCCGUACAACGAGGACCUCUCGCGGCACGCCAACUUCAAGAACUUCCCCAACGCCAUGCUCACGCUCUUCCGCAUGGCCACGGGGGAGUCCUGGAACGGCAUCAUGUGGGACACCAUCGAGCCCGCGGGCCAGCCCUCCUCGGUCGCGCCCUGCUACCGCCUCAUCCGCGACAUCCAGGGCCUCGGGAGGGAGGACGAGUACGUCACCGCCGAGGCCAUGUUCCAGUACGAGCAGUCCACGGGCACCGACCUCGAGAUGGCGGAGGACUUUUGGGAGGGCUGCGGCCCCGGGCGCGCGGUGUCGAUCCUCUACUUCGUCAUCUUCUCCAUCCUGUGCGCCUUCGUCAUGCUCAACCUGGUCAUCGCCAUCAUCUUGGACAACUACCAGAUCUCGAGCCAGGACGAGGACCUCCCCGUCACCGGCACCGACAUGCAGAUCUUCGCCGACAUGUGGGCCGUGCACGACCCCGCGGGCACCAUGUACAUCGACGCGAACAAGCUCCCCGCGAUCAUCUCGCAGCUCGAGCCCCCGCUCGGCACCAAGGGCCUCGACAUCUCGCCCGCGGAGCUCCAGCAGAUGCUCAUGCGCGUGUCCAUCCCCAACCGCGGCGGCAAGGUGCACUUCCACGAGACGCUCUACGCGCUGUCGAGCCUGGUCGCGUACGCGGACGUGCCGCAGCAGGCGCAGCAGACGGUGUCGUCGCAGCUCCGCGGGACGAUGCCCAAGGACGAGAGCAAGUACUCGGUGGCGCACUACCACGCGGCGCUCUACGUGCAGGCCGCGGUGCGCGGGUUCCUCGCGCGGUACGAGAUGCAGAACAGGCUGGACCGGCGGGACCCGGAGCAGCUCGGACAGGGGGCGCCGAACCACCCGGACCGCCCCUCGCAGGAGUGA